AUGACAGCCAAGUCUGAGGUUACGCUCUCCAGACCGUCCGAAUGGGCUUCCUGGUACGACGAUUUCGUCUCAAGGGCUGAGACUUCCAAGGUCUUUGGCUUUGUCGAUAUCGACAAGGAUGCUCCGAUCCUGGAGGAACCAAAGGAGCCUAUGACUUCCGAGGAAAUGCUUGAGUCACUCAACAAGUCUGCCUUUAACGCUUGGGCACGCGCAUACCAGCAGAACGCUGCAUCUGCCGGACCAAGACCAGACCCGGCCACUGACCUCAACGAUGACGAACAGAAAGAGGAAGCACGCUUAAGAUACCGUCAGGUCCUCACCCAGACAAAGAGAGUCAAGCCGGAGGACUGGCUCGUGGCUUGGAAUAAAGCCAAGUUAGAAGGCGAACGACACAAGAUCGCCGAGCUUGAAGGACAGUCUGCCCUCAAUGACUUUCUCACAGCGACUUCUGCCUUUGAUGCGACAUGGGCAAGCCAGCAGAAGGUCCACAUCAUGAACAGCAAAAAGUUCGGCCUCAAGAUUGAUGUCACACUACGCGCAUUGGGCGAACUGUUCCACGAGCAGGUCCGAAGCACCAGAAUGAGCAGCAAGCUGUCUGACAGCGUGUUUGCCGCCUCUGAUGCAGCUCAAAGCCACUGUCCAUGCGGAGUGCCGUCGUCUAAGCACCGAUGGAAGUCCCUUGACUGCGCUGCUGUACAAAUUGCAAUCAAUGGCGAGUCCAAGGAUGGACGACAAGUCAAGUCCAGCCGCGUCAAGACCUGCAAGGAAGCUCUCAAGCAAGCCAAGUGGAAGAGUCUUGUAGACACGGUCAAGGCCUCGGCAGCCACUGCCAAGACAGAUCAAGCAGGAGAUAAAGGAAACCCACGCAAACAUGGCGACUUUGCCGGACUGACAAUCGAUGCAAAAGGCCUCACAAGUGGAACCACCGACUCGGUCUUUUCAGCUCUACGCGAGAAGCAUCCUCUUUACAAUUCGACGAUCUAUGACGGUGGAGCAACUACCCAUAUCGUCAAUGACAAGAGUCUGCUGACCGACAUCCGCGAAGCUGAGGAAACCGACUACGUUAUGAUCGGAGAAGGUUCCUUGAAGGUCGAAGCACGGGGCACUCGAAGGGUGGAAAAUGUUCUGGAUGGCGAAAACGGAAGAAACACACGCGCCCUUGUUCUUCUCGACGUUGCGCAUGUGCCACGAUUCCACACGAACAUUGUCAGCGCGAAGAAGCUUGCAAGGAAGGGUCUAUGGCACUGUGGGGUCGACAACACGCUUCGAAUGGGAACCUAUGACGACAAUGAUAUCCUUUGUCGGCUUACAGACCAGUACGAUCUCGACGUAGUCGAAUACAAGCCAGUUUCCCGCUCUUACUUCAAGCUUCCACAAUCACUGAUCUCCGUGUUCAACGCCUUCCAAGGCACAAAGGGCAUCCGGAUCAAGGGCCCAACCACCGUUCAGUGCACGGCCUGUGGCACCGGCAAGGCAACCGAGAUUAUCUCCCGCAGGGAAUCCCCGAACAAAUCAAGGCAACCGUUCUUUCGGGUCUUUAUCGACAUUUUCGAGUUCCCUGCGGCAUACAACGGACACCGCUACGUUCUACUUGUCACCGACGAGUUUAGCGGUAUGAUGUUUUCCUGGUCCUUGACUUCAAAAACGGAAGUCAGCCAGAUCAUUAAGGACUUUGAAGCCCGAGUUAAACGACAUACGGGUGCAUCGAUCUGCAAGAUCAAAAUCGACAACGAAAGGACCAUCAUCAACCUGCCCUUCCAACGCGAUUCCGAGUUCCAGAUCUGGGCUACAGAAGUAGGCAUUGAGAUUGAACUUCCGCCGCCGCACACCAAGGAACCGACUGGUGGUGCGGAACGACCUGGGGGUAUUAAUCAGCAACGAAUGCGCUGUAUGUUCGGCCUUCUGCCGCAAGAACUCUGGCCAGAAGUCUAUCGUGCAGCCGUUUGGAUACACAAUAUCCUUCCAAGCCGGAGGAACGACUGGAUGUCGCCUAAGGAGAAAAUGGACCGUUGGUUUCACCAACACUUUCGAUGGUACCGGUACAGACCGCCAAACGUCGACUUUGAUGCAAACAAGGAUCUCCGACCAGACUGGCGUGGGGUGUAUGCGUAUGGAUGCAAAGCAUAUCCCCUGAACAGCCGAUACAAGGCCCGGAAAGACAUCAAUCAAUUCAAGCUUGGCCCACGAGCACACGUUGGAUACCUUGUUGGCUACCACGCCAGCAAUAUCUAUCGCAUCUGGGUCCCCAAGCUCAAUCAGGAUUAUCAGGUUAUCCUGUCCCGAGAUGUACGAUUCAACGAGGAGGAAUUCUUUGAUCCAGAGAAGGAAGAACAGCUCGAGACUGAGGCAAUCGCCGAGUACAAGCCAACGUCACAGGCGCUCGAUCCGCUUCCUCAGCGAGACUGGGACACGCUCUUGGAUGAAUUUCUCUAUGAGUUUGAUCAUCAUAUCUUGGGGUGCGACCUGGAGGGUUCGAACUCGGGGGUGGAAGACACUAGAGGUGCCAUCUCAGAUGUUAAAGACGCUGGAUCGCAGCUUCUGCAGCCUCUAUCGCAACUUCGCAAGACAGACUUCUCACGCCUCUGA